AUGAUGCUGUCCCGGUUCCAGCAGCUGCACGAGAUGGCGUUGGUGGAGUGCGUGAUGGGCGGAAAGCGUCGUCGCGAACUGCUGCCGCGGCUACAGGUUCGCGAUCCGCCGAGGGACACAGUACCGCGAGCGCUCGUUGCAGCGGGGGACUACGUCAUGCAGACGUGCAGUGUACCGCAUGGUUACUGGUCGCUGCCGCGGUCCACCUCGGCGGUGCUGCUCGGACCAGUGGAACGAGCGCUGCACCUGCGAUUUGUCAAGGUGCUUGGUCGGAGGAUGUACUACGUGCGAAAGAGAAGCGGUGCGCUUUUGGAGGAUGAAGAUGUGGCGGAUGAAUUCGAAAAGGGUAAAACAAGUUAUCCAUAUACAUAUUACCGUCACUUAUCCGAGAAAACCGACGCAUCAUCUGUGGAGCCGCAGCGGCUGCAACCGCUGACGGUAGAGGGACCCGGCUUGGCGUUGCCGUUGCCCGUGCUGACGGAAAUCUUCCAGUCUCUGGACACCGUCGACCGUGUGCGCUGCCGCCGCAUCUGUCACCUGUGGGACCGCCUAUCGAUGUCGCCGGAGCUGUUGGGGCGGUAA